UUAAUAGAUUACGAGGAAGUGUUAGAUUUUGGCGAGGAGGCGGUGAAGAGUGUGACAAUAGCAGAAUGGCUACAAAUCUUGAUCCACACACCAAUUUUUCCCGAGCUUGCCGGGCCAUUGUUGACCUAAAUACUGAUAUAUUAAGAGAUGAACUGGAUUCUCACGUCACACCAUCAGACAUAGCCAGCAAAGCUAAUGCAUGUACCAAACUGCCAAGCCUCCGACCAGAACAAUGGAUUGUAAUCAACAACGCCGCCACUAAAGGUUCCUACGAAGAUUUCGACAGCUCUCUGUUGUACAUCAUGAUAAGAAAUUUAUGCUCACUUCCGCCACCUAAACUUGGAUGGAACAAAAAGCCUCUUGGUACAGAUCUCUCAGUGGCAGCAGAUGUAGAAAGAAUCCGCUACUAUAGAAAUGAAGUUUAUGGACAUACCACUCGAGCGGAAAUAUCAGAUUCUGAAUUCCGAAUAAUAUGGUUGGAUCUUGAAAAAAUAUCUGAAAGAUUUGAUAAAAAUAGACCGGGCAAAAAUUAUAAAAAGGCAAAAAGGUUAAAAGAUGAGUAG